CUGAACGCCGCACCGUCUACAUAAACCCCCCCCCGAGGGUUUUACCCUGGGAAAGAAAGCUGCGAAGAAAUACGAAGCAGAGUCUCAUUCUCUCGCUGCAAUAAACAGUAGGGUGGUGGCCCUUCCUUUUAUAUUGCUUUAGAAGCUAUCUUGUUGUAACAAUGGCUUUCUUCAGUAAAAUUGGAAAUAUACUUAGGCAAACCACAAAUACGCAGAUCAAUGCUCAGUUGUCUGCAUCAAGACCAGGCCUCUUUCAAGUUUUUAGAUGCAUGUCAACCUCGCCAAGCUCGAAACUUUUUGUGGGAGGUAUUUCAUACCAGACAGAUGACCAAAGUCUGAAAGAGGCUUUUAGCAAAUAUGGUGAAGUUAUUGAAGCAAGAGUGAUUGUGGAUCGAGAAACAGGCAGGUCCAGAGGAUUUGGCUUUGUCACUUACACCAGUACUGAGGAUGCUUCUAGUGCAUUACAGGCCUUGGAUGGACAGGUUCUUCAUGGCCGUCAAGUAAGAGUAAACUAUGCUGCUGAGCGACCUCCUCGUAACUUUGGAGGUGGAGGUUAUAACUUUGGAGGUGGAGGUUUUAAUAGUGGUUAUGGUGGCGGCAGCUAUGGUGGUGGCAGUUAUGGUGGUGGUAACUAUGGAGGUGGCGGCGGCUAUGGUGGAAAUGCUGGUUCCUCUUCUGGAAAUUAUGGAGGUAAUGUUGGAUAUGGGAGUAACAGUGGUGACACUGGUAACCAUGGAGCCCCAGGUGGUGGUGAUAACUAUGGCACUGGUGGUGUUGGCUAUGGAAAUAAUUUUGGUCAAUCUGGUGCAAACUCUUAUGAUAGUGGGAGUUUCAAUGUUGCCGGUGGCGGUGGCGGCAGUGAUAGUUUUGCUACUGGUGCUUCUGGAGGUGACAAUAUGGGAUUUGGUGGUGGUGAUCAACUUGAUAGUGCUGAAGAUGGCCACACAGAGGAAGCAGCCAGAGGUUUUGACCAAAAUGAUCCUCUGAAUGAGAACUUCAGGGAUGAUGAGGAUGAUAGUGGAGACUUUGCCAAAAGGGCAUGAAAUAAGUGUUUUCGGUUGGAUGGACAACUUGUUUCUACCCUGCUUUAAAAGUAGAUUGUUUUGGUUUAUAGUUAUUAGUUAUCAUCACUCUUUCUCUGAACUAUUUUAUUUGUCAUUUAUGUGACUCUCGUCUUUGUAGACGUUGAUGCUUUUUUGAGUGUUUCUCAUAGAGAAAACUGAUUAUUCCUUGGGAAAAUAAUUUUAACUUUCAGGCUGUUGCUUCAAUUUUAUUCAUCCUUCUGUCU